ACAUUUACUGUACCUGUGGGUGAUUGUAUGAAUUACUUUGGAUGGGUAGAACAGCUUAUAAUGCGAUGGAGCUUUUGGUAACUGAACUGAACCUGCUUCUCAAACUGCUAGACCACGAGACCUUGAGCUCAGCUACUGAUGAGAAGAAGUGUGCUGUGAGGAACCUGCUCAAACAGCUGCAGCCUUCCAUUAGCAGAACAGAAUACAUGUACAUGAACACCUCCGUCUGCAGAAACGGCACAAGCUUUGUGGAAUCCCUCUUCGAAAAGUUUGAUUGUAAUCUCAGUGACUUGAAAGAUGAAGUAGAAGAUCAGAAGAAGGAGCCAAUCCAAACAAACCAAAACUCUCCAUCUAAGCAUGUAACUCCAGAUUUACCACCUCCGCUGCCCACCACGCCUCCUCCAGAGGAUUACUAUGAGGAGGCUGUGCCACUUAGCCCUGGUACUGUGACAGAGUACAUCACUAGUCGCAGUAGCUCCAGUCCUCCCAAUUCUAUUGAAGAUGGGUACUAUGAAGACACAGACAACUACUCCAGUAACUCUGUGAACCGCCGGCGCAAAAACUCUUAUAAUGAUUCAGAUGCUCAGAGCAGCUCAUAUGAGUCGUAUGAUGAGGAAGAGGAAGAUAAGGGUCAGCGUUUAACCCACCAUUGGCCCUCAGAGGAGAACUCCAUGGCUCCAGUGAGGGACUGUCGCAUCUGUGCCUUCCUGUUAAAAAAAAAGCGCUUCGGUCAGUGGGCCAAACAGCUCACGGUCAUCCGUGAGAACAGACUGCAGUGUUACAAAAGCUCCAAAGACCAGUCUCCUUACAUGGAUCUACCACUCAACCUGUGUAACGUCAUCUAUGUGCCGAAGGAUGGACGCAAGAAGAAGCAUGAGCUUCGCUUCUCAUUGCCCGGUGGUGAAGCCCUGGUGUUAGCGGUACAAAGCAAAGAACAGGCUGAGAAAUGGCUUCGGGUGGUCCGUGAAGUAAACAGUUCAGGGAAUGGUUUGGACAUAGCAUCUUCUGUAAUCUCCAGUAAAAAAGAGAAAGAUCCAGAAAAGGAGUGUUAUAAGAGAUUAUCUCUUGAGAAACACACCUCAGAUUCAGACAGCAUGCCCAGUGCAGAGAGUUGCAGAGACAUCCGGGAAAUCAGUAAGCCCAAGCGAGGUGCUUUAUCCGAACUGACAGGCUCUGUAAGCCGAGCAGCAGGACGCAAGAUUACCAGCAUUAUUAGCUUUUCUAAAAAGAAGCCUCCGCUACCAGGAGAUGGUCGAAGACCCUCACUUGAUGACGACCCUCGUUGUGGUUUUCUGAGUGUUUUAGUAAAUCGGUGCUGGAAGGAGCAGUGGUGUCGAGUAAAAUGUGGCUCUCUCCACCUCCACCAGGAAAAAAAUGAUGGAUGCCGAAGCCCCCACACUUCCAUUGUCCUGCAUGGCUGUGAAGUGGUGCCAGGCCUCGGGCCAAAGCACCCUUUCGCCCUCAGGAUAAUGAGGGGAAGUACUGAGGUGGCAGCGUUGGAGGCAAGCUGUUCUGAAGAGAUGGGUCGCUGGCUUGGAGUGUUGCUGGCAGAAACCGGUUCCUCUGCUGAUCCGGAGUCCCUGCACUACGACUACGUGGACGUGGAAACCAUCGCCAAUAUCCGAACAGCUGCACGAUACUCAUUUCUAUGGGCCACUUCAUCAGAGGCAAGAACAUACGAUGAUGUUCCUUAUGAAGAAUCUGAGGAGAACAAAGGGCUCAAAAAUGGAUCUUUAAUUAAACGCCGCUCUGCUAGCAGUGACAGAAGCGUGACUAAACCUCAGAUCACCGUCAAACGCCACAACUCUAACACAAAUCAGUAUGGGAAAACACGGGCGCAGGAGGACGCACGCCGCUACCUGAGAGAAAAAGAGGAGCUGGAGAGAGAGAGAGACCGAAUCAGGAAUGCACUGGUUUCACUGCGCAAGGAAAAACGAGAGGCCAAGGAGAAGUUAAAGGGGGCAACAGAUAAGCAGCGGCAGGCACUGGAGGAGCGUGUGCUCCAACUGGAUAAGAGUUGCCAGAUAAAGGAAGGAGAACGUGUGGACCUGGAGCUAAAACUCACAGAAGUUAAAGAGAAUCUGAAAAAAUCUCUGGCUGGAGGAGCUCUGGGGGCACCCGUCGAGAGCAAGCCCUCAGGCAAGAAGACUCGGAGAACUGAGGGUCAGUAUAUCGAGUCUUAUUUACCAGUCAAUUGUGCCUCCGAAUUGCGCAAGCGUCCUUCGUCCAUCUACGCAUCCGCAAAGGGAAACGUCAUGCAGAAAGCCAAGGAAUGGGAAUCUAAGAAGGGAACUUAAAGGACGUGCCGAUGGGAAAGACAUCUUGGACUGUUUGUUUUGUUUAAGUGGACACAGGAGCGACACUACGACAUGUCUGUGGAAAUGACAUCCAGCACCAAUCGUUUCUAUCACUUACUUUUAUCAGCCAAUCCUAUCAGACUGACUGUUAGACUUUGGAUCUAUAGACGUGGACGGCACAUAGAAAUGACUAGACUUGAAUUCCACAGGGAGUUGUAACAGUCUGUCUGUUGUGGUGGGUAUUAUAAAGAUGCAGAGCAUAAAACCAUAGUGGUGUGGGAACAGGGGAUGUGAGGUCAGAUUGUUUUUUUGAAUGUGUUAGUAAGAAUAAGGGAAGUUGUUCGCUGAGCAUUGUACAGACUGGUGAGCAAAAAUCAAAACAUUAUAUUUACUGUAAAGUUGGUCAUGACUGCUGUUUUGUAAUAUAUUUACUUUUUUUUCUACACGUAAAUAUGUGGUGUUAUUAACAGUCUUACCUUUUGCUGCAACACUAACAACUAAAGUUACAUACAAAUACAGGGGUACAAGCCCGAAUUUUAACUAUUUUUAUUCCCAAUAGAUAUUUUUCUUGCCACUGUAUCAAGACUACAAUGUUAAUGUGAGUAACACUUGCACUUUAUCGUCUUUUGACAAGGAGGUGGAUUGAGGAUAAUUCAUAUUAAAUGCCUCUAAACUUUUA